AUGGAUGUCUUCUGGGCGGCUCCCCCGGUCAUUAGGACCCUGACAGCCUUGACUCUGGUUCAAUCCGCUUUGAUGUAUAGCGGCUUACUGAGCUUCUAUUGGGCGCCAUUUAUGCCGAGCAUGAUAUUCUCAUGGCCGCCGCAGAUCUACCGGCUGGUCACACCAUUUCUACUAACCGGACCGCAAUUUUCUUUCGUCUUUGAUCUCUACCUCAUGUACCGCUAUGGCAGUGCUGCAGAAAAGAGCAUGGCCCCUGGAGAGUUCUUCAUUUAUCUCCUAUUCGUAGCUUUCAACAUCAUGCUCACUGCAGGUGGUUAUCUGGGAGCGCCUUUCCUUUUGUCCCCCUUGACCAUGGCUUUCGUCUACACGUUCUCCCAGACGAACCGAGGAACGAAGACGAGAUUCUGGGUUGUCGACAUCCCGGUGGUAUUCCUGCCAUAUGCAAUGCUUCUCGUCGGCAUGGUGAUGAACGGGUGGUAUAGCACGCUGAUAGAUAUCACGGGAAUUGUCGCUGCUCAUACAUAUGAUUUCCUCACACGCAUCUAUCCGACUUUCGGUGGUGGAAGAAAUUUCAUCACUGUCCCCGGCUUCGUGGAGAGAUACUUUACCCACCAUGACCCCAACAGCGGAUACCGAGGAUAUGGAACGGCGAGCCGCGCACCACGGCCAGCUGAGCAACCCUCGUCGGCGUCAACGUCAGGAUCAUCCUGGGGCAGCUGGACCUCUUCGGGUUCUUGGAACGGCAGAGGCGCUGGCCGGAGACUCGGUUAG